AGCCUCACCCAGGCUCUGCACUGAAGGCCUCCGAACACAUCGCUGCCACCACAGUCCCAAGAUGCCAGCAGUCCAGCUGCUACUGCUGGCCUGCCUGGUGGGGGGUGUGGGGGCCAGGACAGCCCAGUUCCAGAAGGCCAACGACCAGAGUGGCCGAUGCCAGUACACCUUCCGAGUGGCCAGCCCCAGUGAAUCCAGCUGCCCUGAACAGGACCAGGCCAUGUCAGCCAUCCAGGAGCUGCAGAGAGACAGCAGAGAUCAGCGGGCCACCCUGGAGGCCACCAAGGCCCGCCUCAGCUCCCUAGAGGCCGUCCUCCACCGCCUGACCUCCGGCCAGCCCACUGGGCCCUUGGAGGCCCAGCAGGGGCUGCAGAAGGAGCUGGAAGCCCUGAGGAGAGAGCGAGAACAGCUGGAAACCCAAACCCGGGAGCUGGAGUCAGCCUUCAGCAACCUCGUCCGUGACAAGUCGGCUCUGGAGGAAGAGAAGAGGCAGCUGCAGGCGGAGAAUGAGGAUCUGGCCAGGAGGCUGGAAAGCAGCAGCCAGGAGGUUGCAAGCCUGAGGAGGGGCCAGUGUCCCCAGGCCCACAGCAGCUCUCAGGAUGUGCCAUCAGGCUCCAGGGAAGUUGCUAAAUGGAAUCUGGAGAAUGUGGACUUCCAGGAACUGAAGUCAGAGUUAACAGAGGUUCCUGCUUCCCAAAUCUUGAAGGAGGGCCUGUCUGGUCAUCCCAGAAGUGAAGAGGAAGGCACUGGAUGCGGAGAACUGGUUUGGGUAGGAGAACCUGUCACUCUGAGAACAGCUGAAACCAUCACCGGCAAGUACGGCGUGUGGAUGAGAGACCCCCAGGCCGCCUACCCCUACACCCGGGAGACCACCUGGAGAAUCGACACCGUGGGCACGGACAUCCGCCAGGUGUUUGAGUACGACCUCAGCGGGCAGUUCGCGCAGGGCUACCCUUCCAAGGUGCACGUGCUGCCCCGGCCGCUGGAGAGCACGGGCGCCGUGGUCUACCGGGGCAGCCUCUACUUCCAGGCGGCCAAGUCCAGGACGCUGCUCCGGUACGACCUGCGCACCGAGACGCUGCAGGCGGAGAAGGAGAUCCCCGGGGCCGGCUACCACGGGCAGUUCCCCUAUUCCUGGGGCGGCUACACCGACAUCGACCUGGCCGUGGACGAGACAGGCCUCUGGGUCAUCUACAGCACCGAGGCGGCCAAAGGCGCCAUCGUCCUCUCCAAGCUGAACCCGGAGACGCUGGAGCUCGAACAGACCUGGGAGACCAACAUCCGCAAGCAGUCUGUCGCCAACGCCUUCAUCAUCUGUGGCACCUUGUACACGGUCAGCAGCUAUUCCUCGCCCGACGCCACUGUCAACUUCGCCUAUGACACGGGCACGGGGAGCAGCAAGGCCCUGACCAUCCCGUUCAAGAACCGCUACAAGUAUAGCAGCAUGAUCGACUACAACCCCCUGGAGAGGAAGCUCUUUGCCUGGGACAACUUCAACAUGGUCACCUAUGACAUCAAGCUCUCCCGGAUGUGAAAAGCUGCCAAGCUGUCAGAAAAGGCAGAAGGAGAUGAUGUUCAUGGCUCUUGAAGGAGAGCCAGUCAGCCAAGGCCCACACAGCUUUCCUCUGCUCUCCAAGCUUGCAUUAACCCAGAAGAAUGUGCAUGGUCACCAGGUCUGACUGGGCGGGAAGAGCCUUCUGGGGACUGGGGAUUGAGACGAUUCCAUGUUAUCAUAGAUAUUCUUUUCCUCUGUCUGCUCUUAAACGGAUACUUAAUCAAAAUAGUGUGACUUUUCUGGUGAUUUGAGGCAAAAGCUAUAAUGUGUAGGGAGUUUCUUCAUGAAAACCACAAGACUUGAUAAAUGGGCCUCACUGGCUAAAGAAUGUAUAUUUGGAGAGGAGGUUGGAAAAACAGGUUGCCCCACGGGGAACCCAGGGCCAAGGCCUGCCCUUGCAUGUUGCCUGGUUACCAUGAGCUAUAAUAACAAACAGCGCUUCUAAAGGAAAGGGGAUAGUUCUUGUGGCAGCAUGAACAUGCAUAAGAUGUGUUUACUAUAGUUGGCUUCUAAUGCAUCAGGUGGAUCCAGUUGUGUAUGACAGAAUCUUUGCCCCAUGAAAUAAAAUAAUCUUACACAAUGUUCUCUUUGAA